UGCCAUUUCCUUCUCCAGGGGGCCUUCCCCACCCAGGGAUGGAUCACACGUCUCCUGCAUUACAGAAAGAAAAUGGACAAGACAUGAGUAUUUGUGGACAGGACAGGUCUUGGCUGUUGGUGGAUAACAGGCUGAGCCUUAAAAAAAAAAAAAAAAAGUCAUUGCUCCGCCCCCUCUCCGCCCCGCCCCGCCUCCGGGAGCUCCUCGCUGUUGUCCAGGUCUGCGUAGAAUUCUGAGGCGCGCUGUCCUUAGGCAAUCAGGGAUGUCUAGGCCGCGCUGAGAGGUGGCCGUCUGCGCUUCUGCUCGUUCGAGGUCGAGUCCCAGGGGCUUGGACCCGGGAGCCGAGGCGCCGGAGACCGCCUAUGGACUCACCGGGAGACCCCGAAGGCCCACGCCCCCCAGGAGGUGAUCUUCCUGAGCCAGGGAUCGAACCACAUCUCCUGCUUGGCAGGCAGCUUCUUUGCCACUGAGCCACCUUAAUAAACCACUAACAGGAAGUGAUUAAAACAUGAUUGAGUCCAUGUAGCAUAUGAAGCUAGUAACCUGUGAAUGUGGACUUCCCUGGCGGCUCUGACAGUAAAGGAUCCACCUGCAAUGAAGUAGACCCGGGUUUGAUCCCUGGGUCGGGAAGAUCCCCUUGGAGAAGAGAAUGGCUGUCCACUCCAGGAUUCUUGCCUGGAGAAUUCCAUGGACAGAGGAACCUGGCGGGCUACAAUCCAAGGGGUCCCAAAGAAUUGGACACAACUGGGUGAGUAACACUUUCACUUUUCAACCUGAGAAAGUACAUUACUUCAGAGGACAGUACCAUUUGGAGAGCACCCUGUGACCUCAUCAUUCUUAAAAGAAUCUAUUAAAGGUAAAACAAAUAAGCCUUAAGGUGAAGGCAAAACAAAGCAGAUGGUUUGAUAAAUUCUGCACUGAAAUUCUAAUAGGGAAUAGUAAUGUAAACGAAAGUGAUAUGUUUUGAAAAUUGCAGUGAUAUACAAGGGUUGUGUUACAUUAGACCAAAUAUGCUAUAUUCAAAAUAGCCUUUAGCUCAGCAAAUAUUAGCUUCAGAGUACAUUGUCUGUACACAGAAAUGACAUUUCUGUACUUUGAUCAGUAGCCCCAAUUACCUGUAUUUAAUUGCAGCCUAUUUGCUUUCAAGGUGAUGGCCCUCCAGGAGGUGCAAUGGAGACAUCCAGGCGGCUUUCAAGAGAACAGAUUUUUGUACUGAUAUCAGCAGCUUCCAUUAACUUAGGUUCCAUGAUGUGCUAUUCUAUCCUUGGACCCUUUUUCCCCAAGGAGGCUGAAAAGAAAGGAGCCAGCAAUACAGUUAUUGGUACGAUCUUUGGAUGUUAUGCUUUGUUUGACUUUCUGGCAUCUUUGGUAUUUGGAAAAUAUCUUGUACAUAUUGGAGCAAAAUUUAUGUUUGUAGCAGGAAUGUUUGUCUCAGGAGCAGUUACAGUUCUCUUUGGUCUCUUGGACCAAGUUCCAGAAGGACCAGUGUUUAUUGCUAUGUGUUUUCUACUGAGAAUAACUGAUGCAAUAAGUUUCGAGGCAGCAAUAACUGCCUCUUCUUCUAUCGUUGCAAAGGCUUUUCCAAACAAUGUGGCUACAGUAUUAGGAAGUCUUGAGACUUUCUCUGGACUGGGACUAGUGCUGGGGCCUCCUUUGGGUGGCUUUUUGUAUCAGUCCUUUGGCUAUGAGGUGCCUUUCAUUUUUCUGGGAUGCAUAGUUCUGCUGAUGGUUCCCCUCAACAUGUGUAUUUUACCCAAUUAUGAGUCUGAUAAAGGGAAACACUCAUUCUGGAAACUCAUCACUUUACCCAAGGUUGCCUUUUUAUCCUUUGUCAUCACCUCAUUCAGCUCCUGUUUUGGCUUCCUUGAUCCUACACUGUCCCUCUUUGUUUUGGAGAAGUUUAAUUUACCAGCUGGAUAUGUGGGACUGGUAUUCCUGGGUUUGGCAUUAUCCUAUGCCAUUUCUUCACCACUGGUGGGCCUACUCAGUGAUAAAAUGCCACACCUGAGGAAAUGGCUUCUGAUUUUUGGAAACGUAACCUUAGCAGGUUGCUAUAUGCUCUUAGGACCUGCCCCAUUCUUGCACAUUAAGAGUCAGCUCUGGUUGUUGGUGCUGAUAUUAGUCAUAAAUGGUAUCUCUGCUGGAAUUGGCUUGAUUCCAACUUUCCCAGAGAUUCUCAGUUGUGCACAUGAAAAUGGAUUUGAAGAAGGAUUAAGUACCCUGGGACUUGUGUCAGGUCUCUUUGGUGCAAUGUGGUCAGUUGGUGCUUUUGUAGGACCAACGCUGGGGGGAUUUCUCUAUGAGAAAAUUGGUUUCGAGUGGGCAGCUGCUCUACAGGGUCUCUGGGCUCUGACAAGUGGACUAGCGAUGGGCUUGUUUUAUCUGUUGGAGCACUUGAGGAGAAGGAGGAGAUCUGAACUUCAAAAUAUCCUUGGCACAGAGGAGGAACGGACUGCUCUCUUGUCUGAUGAAAGGUAGCCUUAGGAAUUUCAACCAGUACAGGACUGGAAGAUGGAUGCUCCUGGCCUUGAACAUUAGUGUUUGACUUUCUUAAUUUUUACGCACAAAACUCCGUGGACUCCACACAAGCAUCCUGGAAAUGUUAACAUAGUUUUGGGUGAUCCUGUGUUGGGCUACACAUCCUGUCGUCCUGAAGAACUGGCCUACUGAACAGUCAUAUUUGAAAUCGUAAAGAUGAGAGGAUUCAUUGAAAAUGAACAGAAGUUUGUGGUUUUGAGUGGCUAGACUUGGAUUGAAGAUGUGUUGACUCUAGGUGUCCUGUUUCAUCUGUUUACUUUAUUGAGUGCACUGAUUCUGUGAAUGUACCUUUUUUAUUAACAGGAAAAGAAAUGAAUUUAUUUGACAUGCCUAUAGGUAAUGUAAAGAUAACUCAAAAUAUACAGAAAAAUUACUGUGAAAUCAGUUUUUAAAGUAGUUGCUUUCUCUGUGUCCUGAGUUUUUAUUUGUUUGUUUUUGUUCAAAAAGCAAUUUCCAGCCUAUGGUAUAAAAACUCUAUUGUAUAUCAUGGCCAUCAGCUCUUCUAAAAAUUUUGUUUGUGUGAAAGAUACAAGAAUAAUAUUACUUAGCACUUCCAAUUUUGUAACAUACUGUGAAUUAGGAUCUUGACUUAUAAAUAAUGCUUGGUUUAAUGUUA